ACUGAGAGAGGAGAGAAGGUGGGGGUGCGCAUGACAUCAUUCUUGCUUCCCCAGCUGUGGUUUCUCUCUGGUUCCUCUGAGCUGGAGCUGAAGGAGAGCAGGUCCACACACGCACACGCGCACACGCACACACGCACGCGCGCGCGCGCUCACACACGCACCGUCCGGGGGAUUUAAACCUUUUAUUCAGCCUGCCUGGAUCUGCCGCGGGGACUCACGAGCGCACGGGAUUAUCGUUUUCUUUCUUUUCGUUGCGAGCAUGAAGAUGUAAAGGGGGCUUUUUUUUCUUUCAUAACAGUGCAGGAAGAAAAGCGGACGGAGGAACGCGGACCCUGAAAAGGUGCAGCCCAAUUGAGGCGCUUCAAGAAAAAGAAGAAGAGGGAGAAGAAGGAGCAGAAGCAGAAGUCGAUAAAAUUAGAGCCAGAGAAUGAAGCUAAACAGCCUUUGAAGACAACACAGAGAGUGCCAAGUGUCCAGUGUGCAGACCCCCCCCCACCCUACCCCGCCCCCACUCCCCCUCCUUCUCUUGGGGCUGUGGCUCUCCAGCCAGGUCUAAGGUCAUCUGCAUAAUGGUGCCGGCCGGCCGCCUGCCCUACCUGGCCACGCUGCUGUCUCUGAGUGGCCUGCUGCUGUCUCCGCUGCUCAGUGGCUCUCUGGCCUUGUCUGCUCCCAGGUUCACAAAGGUUCCAGUAGACAUGAUUGGCGUCUCUGGGGGCGUGGUCUCCUUCGUAUGCCAGGCGACAGGGGACCCCAAACCCAGAGUCACAUGGAACAAGAAAGGCAAGCGCGUCAACUCCCAACGCAUCGAGACUAUAGAAUUCGACGAAGGUGCAGGAGCCGUCCUCCGUAUCCAGCCGCUGCGGGCUCCUCGAGAUGAGAACAUCUACGAGUGCGUGGCAGAGAACAGCGAGGGCGAGGUCAGCGUCCAGGCCAAGCUGACCAUCAUCAGAGAGGACCUACUACCUUCGGGCUUCCCCAACAUUGAUAUGGGUCCUCAGCUGAAGGUGGUAGAACGCACACGUACAGCCAAUAUGCUCUGUGCAGCCAGCGGCAACCCCGACCCAGAGAUCACCUGGUUCAAAGACUUCUUGCCGAUUGAUCCCAGUACAAGCAAUGGGCGGAUCAAACAGCUCAGAUCAGGUGCCCUGCAGAUAGAGAACACGGAGGAGACGGAUCAGGGGAAGUACGAGUGUGUGGCGUCUAACGUGGAGGGCGUCCGCUACUCUUCCCCUGCCAACCUGUAUGUGCGAGAGCUUCGAGAAGUCCGCCGAGUCCCCCCUCGUUUCUCCAUCUUGCCCGCCAGUCACGAGAUCAUGCCUGGCGGCAGUGUAAACAUCACCUGCGUGGCUGUGGGCUCGCCCAUGCCCUACGUGAAGUGGAUGCUCAACUCUGAGGAUCUGACGCCUGAGGACGACAUGCCGGUGGGACGGAACGUUCUGGAACUCAACAAUGUGCGCGAGUCAGCAAACUACACCUGUGUGGCCAUGAGCAGCCUGGGCAUCAUCGAGGCCGUGUCCCAAAUCAUCGUCAAAUCUCUGCCCAAGCCACCAGGUACUCCGAUAGUUACUGAAACCACGGCAACCAGUAUCACCAUCACCUGGGACAGUGGCAAUCCUGAGCCUGUUUUGCAUUAUAAUAUCCAGUACCGCGCAAAGUCUCCAGAGAGCAAGUUCGAAACCAUGGAGUCCAUCGCCACCACUCGCUACAGCAUCGGCGGCCUUUCCCCCAACACAGAGUACGAAAUCCGCGUCUCUGCCGUCAACACCAUCGGCCAGGGUCCUGCCAGUGAGCCGGUUGAAGCUAGAACAGGAGAGCAGGCUCCUGCUAGCCCUCCCAGGAACAUCCAGGCCAGAAUUAUCUCCCACAGCACCAUGAUGGUACGGUGGGAGGAGCCAGAGGAGCCCAAUGGCCAGAUUAAGGGCUACCGAGUCUACUACACGAUGGACCCCUCUCAGUCUAUGAACUUGUGGCAGAUCCACAAUGUACAGGAUAGCAUGAUUACCACCAUUCAGAACCUGGUGGCCUCAGAAACAUACACCAUACGUGUGCUGGCCUUUACUUCAGUGGGAGACGGACCGUUUUCUGAUCCCAUUCACGUCAAAGUGCUGCAAGGAGUCCCCGGACAGCCGUCCAGGUUUCAGAUCAGCGAGGUGUCUGAUACCGCCAUCGAGCUGACCUGGGAGCCGGCGUUCGAGAAAGAGGGAAUCAUCAGUUAUGAGCUACGUUAUAAAGAAGGAAGUCAAGGGAACUUGAUAACGAAAACGUUCGGCCCGAGCUCCUCCUACAUGGUGGAAGGUCUACGGCCAAACGUGGAGUACUACUUCUCCCUGGCCGCUGUAUCAAAGAAAGGCAUCGGUGCCUUCACCAACGAAAUCUCCCAGAAGACAUCGCAAGCCAAGCCUUCCGCCCCCCCUCAAGAGAUUAAGUGCUCCAGCCCCAGCUCUACCUCCCUGUUGGUAAGUUGGCGCCCCCCGCCGGCGGAGAGCCAGAAUGGGCUGCUGGCCGGGUACAUAGUGCGCUACACGAUGGUGGGGGGCGGAGCCGAGAGCAGAGCCGAACUCGCCGAGGAGCUCCAGGUGCCGCCCACUUCCAGCCAGAUAACGCUGCAGCGGCUGGAGAAGUGGACGAUGUACCAAAUCACCGUGGCAGCCGCGACCGCCAUGGGGCCUGGACCCGAGAGCCCGGCCCUCACCUGUCGCACCGAUGAGGACGUUCCUGGUGCGCCCCCUCGGCGGGUUGAAGUGGAGGUGAUCAACUCAACCGCUUUAAAGGUGAUGUGGCGCUCCCUGUUGCCGGGCCGACAGCACGGGCAGAUCCGCGGUUACCAGGUGCAUUACGUGCGAGUGGAGAACGGAGAGGCCCGCGGGCUGCCGCUCAUCAAAGACGUGAUGCUCGCUGACGCUCAGUGGGAAACGGACGACACGGCUGAAUAUGAGAUGGUCAUUGGGGGUUUGCAGCCAGACACCACCUACUCCAUCACCGUGGCAGCCUACACUACCAAGGGAGACGGCACCCGGAGCAAACCCAAGCUGGUGGUGACCAAGGGAGCAGUUCCAGGCCCCCCAUCUCUGUGGGUCCAUCAGGAUUCUGAAAACUCCGCAGUGGUUCGCUGGCUGCCCCCUGAGGUCAUACCCCCAGGUCUGGAUCUGCUGGGCUACCGACUCCAGUUUGGUCGCAAGGAUGUUCUCCCCCUGGCCACACUGGAGUUUGACCCUGAAGAGCAGGAAUACUCGGUGCCCAGCAUGCACCGGGGCGCCUCUUACAUCUUCAAACUGUCCGCCAAGUCGCGCUCCGGCUUCGGGGAGGAAGCGGCGCAGGAGCUGAACCUACCAGAGGAGGUUCCCAGAGGCUACCCGCAAAUCACCGAAGGGUCCAACAUCACCUGCUGCUCCGUCUACUUCUCCUGGUUGCCCCCCGUGCUGGCUGAACGCAAUGGUGCCAUUACCGAGUACACUCUGGCCUACCAGGAGGCCGGAACCUCCGGAAUUCCGCUUGAACUGCGCCUGCCCGCCUCUGAGAACAGCUUCACCCUCAACAGCCUCAAGCCCAACUCCAUUUACGACGUGAAAAUUCGUGCACACACCAGUGUAGGUCCAGGGCCCUACAGUCCGUCCGUCCAGUAUCGGACAGUGGCCCUCGUGACAGAUGUUCCUAAAAACUUCACGGUGAAGUUGGUCACCAAGACGACAGCCUUGCUGACGUGGAAGUUUUAUGACAGCCGCUCUCCAUAUCGCUGCACGAUUGACUACAGCCGCCAAAAAGUGGACAUAGAUGCUAGAAUGACCAAAGCUCUGAUCACCAACCUGAGACCCAACACCACGUACGAGUUUCACAUCGCCUGCCCAGACAGCAGUGAUGGGGGUCCCAGGCUUCGGGCAGCGGCUCGGACCGCCCCAUCCAUCCUGGUCAACAAACCAGAACUGGACAUGAGGAGAGAACCAGACAACACAGUCACUAUCAUCUUACCUCCGCUGGAGACCAGGGACAUGAUCAAGUCCAUCUAUGUGGUGGUGGUUCCACUGAAGAAAGGUCGAGUGCCCAUGAAGCACGCCAUGAACCCAGAUGAAAUAGAUCUGGAAGAGCUGUUCAGGGAUAUGAUUGUGAAGCAGAGACAUGUGCGCACCACCCGUCAGCUGCGGCAGGUUGACCUGAAGAAGCCCUAUAUCGCAGCCAGCUUCAAGCCCACCACCAUUCCGCCAACCUUCACCUUGGGCAACCAAAUGGUCUACAAUGGCUUCGAGAACAGAGCACUGGAGGCGAGGCAGGAUUACGUCUUCUUCAUCCUCGCCGAGCUCAUAAACUCCACCGGCACAAAAAUGUUUGUGUCCAGCCCCUACACUGACACCAUCACGGCCCCCGACGUUGACCCCCAGCCAAUGGAGACGGGAGGAGAUGGCCUCAUCUGGGUGGUUGGCCCCGUCCUGGCCGUGGUCUUCAUCAUUUGCAUCGUCAUCGCCAUUCUGCUGUAUAAAAACAAACCUGACAGCAGCAAAAGGAAAGAGUCAGAACCGCGCACAAAAUGUCUGCUCAACAACGCUGAGAUCACACCACACCGUCCUACUGACCCUGUGGAGAUGAGACGCAUCAACUUCCAAACCCCAGAUUCUGGUCUGAGCAGUCCUCUAAGCGAAGCCGCUUUUGACUAUGAAAGUAUGAUGAAUCACCCACCCAUCCCCAUCGCCGAACUGGCUGAACAUACAGAGCUGCUUAAAGCCAACGACAACCUGAAGCUCUCCCAGGAGUACGAGUCUAUCGAUCCAGGACAGCAGUUCACCUGGGAGCAUUCCAACCUGGAGGUCAACAAACCGAAGAACCGCUAUGCUAAUGUCAUCGCGUACGAUCACUCCCGCGUCAUUCUGGCACCCAUCGAAGGCAUAACAGGCAGCGACUACAUCAAUGCCAACUACAUUGAUGGCUACAGGAAGCAGAAUGCCUACAUUGCCACACAAGGCCCACUUCCAGAGACGUUCGGAGAUUUCUGGAGAAUGGUGUGGGAGCAGAGGUCAGCUACUGUGGUCAUGAUGACCCGGCUAGAGGAGAAGUCGCGGAUUAAGUGUGACCAGUACUGGCCGAGUCGAGGCACUGAGACUUAUGGAAUGACCCAGGUCACCUUGCUGGACACAAUUGAACUGGCCACCUUCUGUGUGCGAACCUUCUCCUUACACAAGAACGGCUCUAGUGAAAAGCGUGAGGUGCGUCAGUUCCAGUUUACGGCGUGGCCGGACCACGGCGUGCCCGAAUAUCCCACACCUUUCCUGGCUUUCCUGAGGAGGGUGAAGACCUGUAACCCACCGGAUGCUGGUCCCAUCAUUGCCCACUGCAGUGCUGGCGUGGGUCGAACCGGCUGCUUCAUCGUGAUUGACGCAAUGCUGGAGCGCAUUAAGCACGAGAAGACGGUGGACAUCUACGGUCACGUGACGCUGAUGCGCGCUCAGAGGAAUUACAUGGUGCAGACAGAGGAUCAGUACAGCUUCAUCCACGACGCGCUGCUAGAGGCUGUGGCCUGCGGGAACACCGAGGUGGCUGCCCGGAGCCUUUUCUCCUACAUACAGAAACUGGCACAGGUGGAGCCAGGAGAGCAUGUCACGGGCAUGGAGCUCGAGUUUAAGCGACUGGCAAACUCCAAGGCUCACACCUCGAGGUUUAUAAGUGCCAACCUGCCCUGUAACAAGUUCAAGAACCGACUUGUUAAUAUCAUGCCGUACGAGACCACGCGGGUGUGCCUUCAGCCAAUCAGAGGGCUGGAGGGGUCCGACUACAUCAACGCCAGCUUCAUCGAUGGAUACAGGCAACAGAAGGCCUAUAUAGCCACCCAGGGUCCAUUAGCCGAGACCACAGAGGAUUUCUGGCGCAUGCUGUGGGAGAAUAACUCCACCAUCGUGGUGAUGCUGACCAAGCUGAGGGAGAUGGGCAGAGAAAAGUGUCAUCAGUACUGGCCAGCAGAGCGUUCUGCCCGGUAUCAGUACUUUGUGGUGGACCCCAUGGCUGAGUAUAACAUGCCCCAGUACAUCCUCCGCGAGUUUAAAGUUACGGACGCGAGGGAUGGACAGUCCCGGACUGUGCGGCAGUUCCAGUUCACUGACUGGCCGGAGCAGGGCGUGCCCAAAUCCGGUGAAGGCUUCAUUGACUUCAUUGGACAAGUGCAUAAAACCAAGGAGCAGUUUGGCCAGGAUGGACCUAUCUCUGUCCACUGCAGUGCCGGUGUGGGGAGGACUGGAGUCUUCAUCACGCUCAGCAUCGUGCUGGAGCGCAUGCGUUAUGAGGGCGUGGUGGACAUCUUCCAGACGGUCAAAAUGCUGAGAACUCAGCGGCCAGCCAUGGUGCAAACAGAGGACGAGUACCAGUUUUGCUACCAGGCAGCUCUGGAAUACCUAGGAAGCUUUGAUCACUAUGCAACGUAAAAAGCCAUCUUCUUCCCUCUGCCCAGCACCCCCCUCUACAGCCUCCUGAGCCAUAGAAACUUGCUUGAAACAAUUGAAUCGAUAACAACUAUACAACAACAAAAAAAGAUUAAAUAUCAAAGAAAUCCUCUUUUUGAAAUAAAAAUAAAACCAUCGUCUGCGCUGGCGGCGGCCUCUCGAACCACCAUCCACCCAAUUGGACGGAGACCCUGAAGAAGUGGACAAAAAAAGGACCCCAUCGGAAAACAUCCCCGUACAUCCUCACUCGUGAGAUGGAACCAAAUGCAUAGGCUCAGGCUGCGGGGGUGGGAAACGAUCUGGAUGCCGGACCGCUAACUUUACCUCAAGUGUUCUGAUGUGGAGGAUAUUAUUAUUAAUCUGUAUGUGGACGUAUAUUUCCAAAACCGAAUCCUGUAAAGAUACGAACUUCAAAAUAAAAGGAGAAAGGAAGGAACAGCUAGCAGGCAUCUGUAAAAGGUCUGGACCACGUCUACCUGUCUGUUUCAACCAGACUGGAUGUUGAGACGCUGAGACUGACUGGUUUGUUGACUGAGCUCAGAUCUUUCUGUGUUUACAAAGGGGGGGUUAUGCCAUUUCCAGAACCCACAUAGCAAAGAACUGUUUGAAAGCUGACAGCAGAAUCUAAGAAAACGCUCUAACCUGACCAUCCGGAGCAGAAGAUUCGAGUUUCAGGGACUGUGGUAGCAAAGUAGAUAGGAUUUUUAUCACUGCUUAAACUUAGUAUACUACUACAGCCUUCUCCUCCGGUUUGACGUGUAGUCGGAAUCCUGAACCACGUCGGAACGGGCAGCUGUCUGGGAAAGCAAGACGUUUGCCACAAAAAAACAAAACAACAAAAAUUAACUCACGUACCACUUGUGUUUCUCCAGCACUCAAGGUGCAGGCAGUUGUUUCGGUGCUUUUGAGGACAAAGCUAGCUAACAUUUUCGGAAAUACGCCAAUGUAGCUUUGAAAAAAGGAGGUGAUGAGGGUGGGAGGCAUCUUCGACCAUCAGCCAGGGACAUGAGGACCAAAGGAUUCUCCACCAAGCUCAGCGUGUUUUCUCCGGAUCCUAGCAUUCAUUACCUUUGACUGGUUUUCCCCCACUGUGGUUCAUGGCAUAGAGGAACAUACAACAAAAAAAAAGAAACGGGGGAUCGUCUGGUGGGUUUGUUUUGAUGUCUUUUGCGAGUUAUGGUGACUUUUUACAUCUCCGGUGACCAACUUUCAUUGCCAUGAUUCUGAAUGACUGUCCUCAGACUGUGUUUUGGUUUUUCUUUUUUCUUUUUCUUUUUUUGGCUAUACCAAACAUGCUGCUUUAGCUAUGUGAUGCUAUACGUCUGUGUGUGUGUGUGUGGAGAUCAUGAUGGAAGAGAAUGAAUGGACUCCAUGAAAGAGUAUAACCCCGUGACACUCACCAACCGGAUCGUUCUCCAGAAGAAUGGAACGAGUCAGAUGUUCCUCAAAGCGUUGUAAGUCUUGAAGAAGAGAGUAACAUCUGAAGGUUGAAAACUUUCAAGACCCUUCUUGAGUCCAUCGUGCCAGUCCUCCCAUUCUUUCUCCACAACCAGGCUGUGAGCGAGCAACCAACAGGCAAUCGUGAUCAAUCUGGAUACACGGACCUGAGCACCACCACCACCACCACCAACAAAACAAUGACGGUACAACUUCAUGCAUCACAGAAACUUCAAACCUGUUUUCGUUAUCGUGAGUAAGACUCAGACUCACGCCGAGGAGAAGAAAGCUUCUCUUCCUUUCUUUGGACUUUGUAGAGGUCAAAGGUGGUGUGCGUAUACUGGAGAAUGCUUGAACAGUGGAGCUUUCGGAUUAGAUGUGCAUACUAACUGCGCGAUGGAAGGAGCCGUGUGUAGUCUUUCUUAUUUCCAAAAAGCCUUAUUGUAAUUGUAACAUUAUACGAGAAAAAAAUGACAUUGUUGUAUUAUUAUGAUUAUUGUUAUUUUACUUAGAAGACUUUUUAUUUCUCGGUUUAGUUUUCUAACAGAGAUACUGUACUCGUUUUUCUUUUUUUUUAGUUUGUUGGGUUUUUUUUAACUAGCAGGUAAAAAAAAGAUCAUUUUGUUCAUAUUACGUUAAAAGACAUUCUAUUUUUUCACUAUAGAAAUGUUAAGUAAAAUGUGUACAUGUGUAUGUAUGUAUGCAUGCAUAUAGGCCAUGCAUAUAUAGAUACAUCAACACAUAUACACUAUAUUUAAAUGCAGAAUAUAAAGAUGUAUCCAAAUCUUAGUACGAACAGCAUUUUCCUUCUGUCUUUUUUGCUCUUUCAGUUCCACCCAUGAACGUUUAUUUGCUUCUAUGAAAUUAUGAAUAGCCUUUUUUUAAAAUCAUGAUUUGUUGGAGUGCAGCCUGUUUGCCUCGAAGAAGUCGAGGAAAUUUCUGGCUGCUAUUCAUUUUUUUUUUUUUCUUUUUUCAUUCUUACUACUCCGAAGACGAGUAGAGGGAUGUUUGAUUGUUAUAGUUAUCAUCAGUAGUAUCUAGUAUUAGGAAAAAGUAUUACUUUUUUUAAAAAAAGAGAAAGAUUUCUUUACUGAACAUUGACUUGAAUAAUAAACAAAUCUUUCAUUUUCCAAAUUUAUCCUACUUAUGAACUGUAACAACUUCUGACCUUUCAAACCAUACACUCCAAUAUUUCACCCCUCCUUUUUAUUCAUUUUGUUUUUUUAAAAAACACAUUUUGGUUUUUAAUUUGUACUUUUGAAAUCGCAGACCGAUCAUCCGCUUAUUAUAUAUCAACAAUGAUCCUGAAUAUGACAGAUGUACAUAAACAAAUAUAUAUGUAUUUGUAUAAUUUGACCCUGUCUUUGAACGAUAAUGAAAUCAAAAAAAGGAAAAAAAAAAACAGACAAAAAAAAAAAAAGCUUCUGCUAGAACUGCAAAUUUUCCAGCUUUCUCUGAGGAACUCGGUGUCUUAGUAGAACCUUCAUCUCUGCUCCCUUCAACUUCACCUUUUAUUUUUAUUUUAUUUUUUUAUUAUUUCGUUGUAACUUUUCUGGCUGCCAAUUGAAGUUUCUUCUCCUCUCCCUCAGUCGAGGAUAUGGAGUUAACCUCUUCCUUACAGCCGUCUGCCUGAAGCAGUCACGAACAGUUUUACAUGCCCUCAAUAAUAAAUUCUGAAGAGUGUGUGAAAAGCCACAUGCAGACUAAUAUAGACUUAAUGCAGUAACAGCAUUGCCUUGAGUGAAUGUGAAUUUGGUGAUGUGUCUAAUGGCAUCACAGCUGGGCGAGAGUCAUUCAGCAUGACUUCUCUCUCUCCACUGCCCCUAUACUCCAUUCUUUCCUUAAGCAUCUUUUUUUUUUAAUAGUGUUGGGCUUUACCAAGAUCUAGAUUUGUACAAGUACAUACUACAAAACUUUGGGUUGUUUUGUUUUGUUUUAUUUUAUUUGGUUGGUUGUUUUUUUUUAUUUUGGUAAGGGACCUUUAUGGGAAGUACAGAGAGACUCUGGAAUCUGGAAAUGCUGCCUUGUGAACUGCUGGGAGUGUGAAACGUUUCCCCAGUGAAAACCUGGAGAAGCAGUGACGCUCCUCUGUAUGAACGGACGCGCUGCUCUGGAACUCCAAAAACAAAGCUGGAAGUGACGUUCUGACUUCUUUGGUGUCUGGAUCCCAGACCUCACAGCCAAACUCAUAAAACGUGGGAUUGAUUAGGGAAAAAUACAACCGAACCAGUACAGGGGGGAAAAAAAAGUGUAUUAACAAAAAACAAAAAUAAGAAAAAAAGCCAAAAUUCCGAAGUGAAAAUAGUUUUUCUUUGUACGAAGGCCAAGUGAUACUGCUUUCAAACUGUUACUUCUAAUUGAAACAAUAAUUGGUUUAAAACCACUGUGUAUGUAGAUAUGUUGACUUUGUAUUAAAGAAAUGUUGUCUGAA